UUAAUUAACCCAAACCCAGAAAUCAACGUGAAUGCCACCAACGAUUGUCGGGUAUCACACGACACUGUGCUAAACGCAAUAUAAAUCGUGUUCAAGACAAAGUAGACAAUGUUGUGUCGUUAAGACACUAUUCGUCUAGAUCGGGUCUGAUGUAUUACACUUGGGAAAUUAUGUUUGACGCAAUCACUAGUAUAACUAAUUAUUCAACACUAACAGUAAACGUUGAAUGUAUUUUUUUCCUCUAAGUGUGCUUGAACUAAGCACUAACCGCUAACCUAAAAGUUGUGACUUGUGACUCACAUCUCAUUGGGAGCAAAUCCCACUUUGAGCGUGAGAAGGUAACCUCCGUGUAGGAAAUCAGAUUGUUGCUUAAAUCAGUGAUCGCCAAAUUUAAUUGAGCCAAAGCAAUCGUACAUGACAAAAAUCACACGGCACCAACGUCACAGAAAGCAUGAAGAACGAAGUAAUGAUGGUCUCGUGUCAGUUUGACUUUCUCAGUGUGAAAUCUGAACCUCUUCAAUCAAGCACAAUGCUGCUAAUCAUGCAGGAAGCAUUACCUUAUUUUAUUUGCUUGGCAUUCGGUGGAUGCAUAUAAUAGCUCUGGGUGUCAAUACAUGUGGCUGACACAGGAAAAAUUGACAAAACCUGCAUUUGCAAUUAAUUAGCAAUUAUCUCUGCACAAAUACUGUGAAAAUUGACAAUUUCCUAUGGCACCCCUGAUCUAAUGACACAACAUGGCCACAGCAUCAUGUUUGUCACCCAUCAAAUAAGAGCACAGUGUACCUUGAGGUUAGAGUCAAGAUAACAAAUCAUGGCAUCACUGGCAACCAGCAGUUCUUCAGGCACUGAAUACACUGUGAGAGUCCCUAAGAAUACUAGCAAGAAAUACAACAUAAUGGCUUUUAAUGCUGGAGAUAAAGUCAACUGUUCAGCAUGGACACAGGCUCGCAUGGAGAGAGAUAUGAGUGCUCGGAAGAUGUAUGGUGAAGAAGAGACACCGGAGAGUGGAGCUGGCAGCGAGUUUGGCAAAAAACAGCGUGAGGAGGCGCGACGGAAGAGGUUUGGGAUUGUGACGCGGGAGUUCAAAGUGGAGGACCAGCCUUGGAUUCUUAAAGUCAAUGGCAAGGCUGGCAAAAGGUUCAAAGGUCUGAAGAAGGGGGGCGUCACCGAGAAUGCCUCCUACUACAUCUUCACCCAGUGUCCAGAUGGAGCUUUUGAAGCCUUCCCUGUUCACGGCUGGUACAACUUUACUCCGGUGGCGAAACACAGAACUCUCACUGCGGAGGAGGCUGAAGAGGAGUGGGGCAGGAGAAACAAGGUCGUAAAUCACUUCAGCAUCAUGCUUCAGAGACGUCUACGCGAGCAAACGCAGGGUGACGAGGAAGAGGAUGAGAGUGAGAAAUUAGCGAAGAAGAAGAAGGGCGCCGGUCGUGGGGGUGACCUCCGCAUCCAUGAUCUGGAAGAUGACUUUGAGAUGAGCAGCGAUGACAGUGACAACAGUCUGGGCGAUGAUGGAGAAGGCAAGACAAAAUCAAAGAAUGAAAAAGGGAAAGGAAAAUUGAAGAAGAAGAAGAAGAGCAAUGACAAAGAUGCUUUAGAAGACAGCGAUGAUGGGGACUACGAGGGUCUCGAGGUGGAUUACAUGUCAGAUGAAAGCAGCAGUUCAGAAGAAGAACCUGAAAAAGGAAAGCCCAGCAAAGGAGAAGACCUCCCUAAAGGGAUCGAUGAGGCCUCGGAAAGCGAGGAAGAGAGCGAAGAGGAGAAACAGAACGAGGAGGAAGCAAAGGAGGAGGAAGAGGAGGAGGAAGGGAAGAAAACACCAGCACAGACUGAAAAGAAGAAGAAAAAAGACAGCAGCGGCGAGUCGGACAGCUCGGACGACAGUGACAUCGAGGGAGAAACGGCGUCAGCUUUGUUCAUGGUGAAGAAGCGCACUCCUCCAAAACGUGCCGGUGGGCGCGGAUCUGCCGGAAGCUCUCGAACUGGCAGCCGGCCGGGGACGCCAUCCAUAGACUCUGCCGCCACCUCCAACACACUCCGUGCUGCUGCCAGCAAACUUGAGCAAGGCAAAAGACAGACACAAGGUCCGGGUACUGACUCGCCAGCUGCCAAAAGGCUCAAGAUGGACCCCAGCAGCCAGAGUCCUGCUCCGUCUGGAAAGAGCACACCUCACUCCCCAUCAGGAAAAUCUACUCCCAGCUCCAGUGAUGUGCAGCUAACAGAAGAAGCGGUCCGCCGCUACCUGAUCCGGAAACCGAUGACCACCAAAGACCUGCUGAAGAAAUUCCAAACCAAGCGCACAGGCCUGAGCAGCGAGCAGACUGUUAACGUGCUGGCGCAGAUCCUGAAACGCCUCAACCCGGAGCGCAAAAACGUGAACGACAAAAUGCAUUUUUAUCUCACGGAAUAACAUGAAUACGAGCAAUUUGAGGACUAGUGCUACGGAAACGUGAUGGAUUGAAUAAAUGGGACCUAAGGGUAUAGAGGGAAGUGAGGAAAUCAUUUUAUGGGGUUUUACUUUUGUGAUAUGACUUCUGAUCUGAGGUUUAACUGCGUGAAUAAUUGGGUGACAUUUACCCCCACCCCCAGAUAACUUCAUUUCUUUUAGCAUGUUGAAAAAAGCUAUUAUGCACAGCUAAGAACCUGUAUGAUGGGGAAAAUGAUUGUUCUAAGUAGGAUGAUUUCUAAUAAAAGUUUACAAGCAUAUAAAGCUCUUUAGUAAAACUGUAAGACCACUAAAAUUGAACACAAAUCAGACAAGAUGUACUGUAGAUGCCCAAACAGCACACCCAAAGAGCUUUGCUGGUUUUUUGAGUCAGCUAUCUCAUUUGAAUGCUCGUUUAACAGGAACCACAGAGACACCAAAAUAUAGGCAAAAGUUGUAUCUA